AAAUUACCUUUUUUUCCUGCUUCCUUUUACUUACUUGUAUUCUCUUCUUCUUCUUCUUCUUCUUCUUCAUUCUUCAUCACAAAGAUUCAGAAACGGUCUUCGUCUCUUCAAAUCCCUAAGAUUCCAAAAAAAACAAAAGAUAAUCAAAUCAAUCAAGCUAUGCAAGACCCUUCGUCACGACCCGCUACAGGUUACCCAUACCCGUAUCCAUACCCGAAUCCACAGCAACCACCCGCCGCUUCCACCAACGGCUACCCUAACCCCGGAGCCGCUGCUUACCCUUACCAAAACCAUAACCCAUACUAUGCUCCCCAACCGAAUCCACGCGCCGUCCUUUUCCGUCGUCUCUUCAUCGUCUUCAUGGCCUUUCUCCUAAUCUUAGGCCUCAUUCUCUUCAUCUUCUUCCUCGUCGUCCGUCCUCAGUUACCAGACGUUUACCUUAACUCCCUCUCCGUCUCCAAUUUCAACGUUUCCAACAACCAAGUCUCUGGUAAAUGGGAUCUUCAGGCCCAGAUUCGAAACCCUAAUUCCAAGAUGUCACUCUACUACGACUCUCUUGGUUGCCUUCUCUAUUAUCACCGUGCACCUCUGUCUGAUACGAGGCUACCGCCGUUUUCUCAAGGGAAGAAGGAUCAGACGGUGGUUAACGCUACGCUCUCUGUUUCGGGGACUUAUGUUGAAGGUCGCUUGGCUGAUGCUAUUGCUAAAGAGAGAGGUGCCAAAGGAAGCGUUGAGUUUGAUUUGAGGAUGGGCUCUUUUGUUACUUUCCGGUACGGUGCUUUCCGGAGGAGGAGAUAUGUUUCUGUUUAUUGCGAUGAUGUUCCGGUUGGUGUUCCCCUCACUAGUGGCUCAGGGAAGAUGGUUGGUCCGGCUAUGAGAUGCAAAACUUAUUGAGCUUAGUGAGUGACUUUGUGAGUUUGUUUCUUCUCUUAGGGGAUUAUAUUUACUUAACCAAUAUUUUGAUUCUCAAUAUAUCAAUUCCUUGUAAAUCGUCUAUGUUCUUUUCAAUUUGGAUGAUGGAAUGAAAGUAAAAAAAUUCAGCUUUUCUAGCUUUCUCAUUA